CUUCUAUUUUCCUCGCCAGUUCACUGAUGGCCUGACGGUCAACUGGACACUGGUCCAGAACAAAGUGUAAUUGAAGUUCUCUACCGCAUCGGUUAUGUCAGAAACAUGCGUCGUCCGGACAUUCAUGUGCUCCCUCGAUUCAUGGUGCUGUUUUCAUCAACAACACUUGGUUUGGCUUCCGAUGUGUCUGGGCGGGAGCUAUGGUCGACUACGUUGUGAAGAUGCAAUCAUAGAUGCUACUCCUUUGUUGCUCGUCGCUCACGAUCCUAACUACAGCAACGUUGCAUGCACCCUAUUCCCUCGUCUCCCAUCGGAUAUCCUGUUACGGUAUCCCUUGCGUCUCCCGUGACUGCAUCUCAGAGUACGCCUUCCAUUUUCUCGAAUACACCUUCCAUGUCCUCGAGUACGCCUGCUGCACCUCUGCUUGCUACCCAGACAUGUCCACGUACGCUUCGCCGUGCUGCACAUAGGAUCUCGCUCGGGAGUUCGAGGGCUGCGAGUCCUGUUUUAUCUGGCAUGGCGAGAGCGGAAUGGUUGCGCUUGGGAGUGCGUUUCAGCUUACUUGAUUCCAUUUCCGAUGGUCUGUGCGAGCAGUGCUCGCAGACAUCUAUCUUAUCCUAUCUUCGAUGCUUCAUUUUUGAUUUCUUCGUCCCCUCUGACUUCAUCUUUGUAUAUCUUGGAUUCCGAUGUACUUGUAUGUCUUUACGAUCGCUCCAUCGGCUUUAUCUGACGAGUUAUUUUGAUUUCUUUAUUUCCCCCAUUUGUUCUGUUUUUUCUGUUUGACGACUUUCUUUCUUCGUGUCUUUGUUUGUCGUUCGCAGGUUGCUUAUUUUUCUAUUCGUCCUGUUCGCCUCCACCGGGCACCCUACACUUUGACCUCCCUCCUAUUUUUCUCUCUGACAGGUCUUUUUGGUUUUCCAAUCGUCGAAGG